UGAAAUAAACCACAACCUUAACAAGUUACAGUGGCCGUUCACUUCGUCUCGGUUCUGCUAAAACCCUAAACCCUCGCAGUCUCCCCGAAUCAUUCACGUCUUCUUCUUCUUCUUCUUCGUCAAUCCUUCGAUGGCUUCGGCAUGCAACAGAUUCGUCAGCAGAGCAUCCCUAUCGUCUGUAAAAUCCGCCAUUAGAUCUAAUGUCCGUACAUCUCCGCUUACCAAAUCCGCCACGUCCACUUCCCCGGGCGUCCCUCUCCCCACUAGAUCCACUUCGAGUUCUCUUCCCCGAUUCUCAUUCUCCAGGUGUCCCGCGGAACUGGGAUGCGUGCAGUCAAUGUUGCCACUUCACAGCGCGGUGGCAGUGGCGAGAAUGAUGUCUUGCCUGAGCACCACAUCGAGGAGUUCUCGAGCGCUCUCGCAGGGAGUUCCGUGGCAUAUGCGGCCAAUAUGAGGUCAUCUAGCUCAUGGUUCAGUCAAACACAAAGCCCUUUGUGAUGGAAUCUUCUAUAGAUGGGUGAGUGGAUGGACAUUUCUUUUGGUUGUCUAAUAGAGAAUAAGAGGCUGCAAAUUACAUGAGUAAAUUUCCACAUUCGACUUACAAAUUAUAAAAAAGAAGAAAACAUCAAGUAGCCCAAAGGUUCUAGUAAUCAAAAUUAAGAAAAAGAUGAAACAAAAGUUAUAGUUACCUUAGGAAUUAUGUGGUUUUGUUUGGACUCCUUGGCAGUUUCUUGACUUCAUCCAAAGGAGGAUUCUUCAUCUUCUCUUGAAAUGCUUUGAGUCCAACAUAAUAACAUGGUUUCACUUGGAAAAUGGACCUUAUCUAUACUUUUCAUUCAUUUACUUUCCCUUUGGAAUAAGUUUUAUCCUUUUUCAUAGUCUUUCCUUGAAAGUUCAGCAUCUUGUUAAUGAUAUCUGUCUUUUCCAAAGGCACAACAUUUCCCGUGGAGAAUGAAGUUUGAUUUCUUGUCAAUACUAGCUUUCUUGAGCAAAAAUUGGAAACGUAACAUUUCCUAAAGCAUUAAGAAAGCCUAAAGGCGGCUAUAAAAAAUGUAGUUUCUGAAGAAACAUUUUCAAGAAAUUGGCUGUAUACACAGCAUGUACAGCUUCCUCCUCUUCCUCUCUACGACAUCGUGAUUAAUUAAAAUUUGCGAGACACUAUCCUAUGCAUCUUUACAUACCAGUUCCAAACACCAGGUAUGUUACUUACCAAAAAACAUACUUGAUGUCUGGUAUUGGUGGUUAUGCCAUUGUUUUGUAACCUCAGUAGUUUCCUUGCUCUUGUGCCAUACUUGCUCCAUUUCUUGGUGACCUUCUUUUGGGGUGAAAUUAGUUUUGGUUGCUAUUGUGCUUCAUGCAUUCCAUUUCUUUAAAGCCAAAUCCAAGCUUAUAGAAGACAGCUUCCACUAGGCUAUUUUGUGAGUGAUCAUUAAAUUUCAACGUGGUCCCAUGGCCUCAUUGUUGUUUCAUCUCCACUAGAUUUUACAUUAUUGGUUUUUCAUGAGAGUGAAAAAAGAGUGUAAAGGGUCCCAUAGAAGCCUAAAUCAUCAAAUUGCCAAAAUUGGAAUGAAAAGUGGGUUCUCCUUUGGCAAACUCGCUGUGUGCCGGUUGCGGGAUGGGAUUGUAUACUAAAUACCAACUGGUCAUGGUGGCACUAGAGUAUUUGGUGGAUAAAAUUGACUGAAUUUUCCAUAUUCUCCAAGGAUUAGCUUUUUUAUUUUCCCAGACUCAAUUUUACUAGUAGUAUUUUAAAAUAUUUUUAACAUGUGUUAAAGUUCAAUAAUAGGAGUCUUUUAUUCUAGAAAAGUAUUGGUUAUAAGCUAUUUCGCGCAAGCAAUGCAAGGAUAAGUAAGAAUUGGAAAUAUCGAAAGUUUAAGAAGGUGGCCUUGCAUGAUAGGGGAAUAGAGGUAGUAGGCAAAUACCAUUUCAGAUAGAGGGGUUUUGGCUUGAAUUUGUUUCACGUAGUGUGAAUUACGUACAUGUGAGUAAGAAUUCUGUAGUAACAUAGCUGCUCCU